AUGGAUGUGGAAGCUCCAAAGGCAAGCAAGGGCGCGCCUCUAGAAGAUAAACCAAGUCCACCAAGGAAGAAGAAACGGAAAAAGAAGAAGAAAUCAAAGAAGGAAUCACCCAUUGUUGCACUAACAAUUGAUAGCCCAGCCAACAAAAUUGAUUUGAACCAAACCGAUAAUGAGGAGGAAGAAGACAAUGUCCUAAAGGAAAUGAUUAGUGAAGCCAACAAAGACAAUGCUGAGAUAAACGCCGGCCUUGUAGAGGAAGCUAAGGCGGAGGUAGUUCUGGAAGAAUCAAUUGAGCAUGAAAAGGAAAUUCUUGAGGAAAAUGAAGAAAUACUAGUGGAGAAUGACAAGGCCAAAGGUAUCCUUGAAGAAGAAAAGGUUGAGGAAGAAAUUGAUAAGGAGGCAAGUGUUGGAGAGACUCCAGUGAUUACUCCAGAGGUAACCCCUGUCAAAGUACUCCCAGUCAAGAGUACCAAGAAGAAGAGUCCUCAGAAGGAGGCCCCCACCAAGAAAAAUCCAAAGAAUAAUAUGGUCAUCAAGAUAGCUGCUGAAAAGGAGAAAAGGGAGGAGACUGUCAUGCUUGAAGUCACCCAUGGACCACAAAAAGAGAAAGAACCAAAGCCAGCUAAGAACAAAGGAGGAGAAAAGAUGGAAGCAAGAAAAAAGAAGGCAGAGCACAUUGCUCUCUGA